CCUGACGAGUGAAAAUCCCCACCGGACAUUUUGGAUGACGUUUGUAAAAGAAGAAAAAAAGAAAAGAAAAGAGAAAAAGAAAAGGAAACUUCAAGCGAAAAAUUCUGAGCGAUAUUAAGCCAAAGAUGGCUUGCUUUGACAGCAACAAGGGGAGUUUGGAAUACGAUGGCAUCGAAGGAGCUUGUGGUGAAGCGCUGUCGGAAUGCGCCUCAGCGAUGCUGGAGAAGGAACGGGAGUCCCUUCCCAGCCCAUCAGACAACCCAAACGGCUCCAUGAGCAGCUCCAGUCUCCAGGCCUCAGCCCCCCUUCAGGGCUACGAUGUGGAGUUUGACCCUCCGCUAGAAAGCAAGUACGAAUGCCCGAUCUGCCUCAUGGCCUUGAGGAACGCCAUUCAGACGCGCUGUGGUCAUCGUUUCUGCAAAAGCUGCAUUGAGAAGUCCAUCCGCGAUACAGGACAGCGAUGCCCUGUGGACAACGAAAUGCUGUCAGAAGACCAACUGUUUCCUGAUAAUUUUGCCAAAAGGGAGAUUCUUUCGCUCACUGUUCGCUGUCCAAAUUCCGACUGUGGUGAGAAAAUGGAGCUUCGACAUUUAGAGAAUCAUUUGGCGCAGUGUCAGUUUGCUACCGUGCCAUGCCCACAGUGCCAGCAGCCUGUGAGAAAGACCUUCCUGGAGGAGCACAUGACUGUUGAGUGUCCAAGGAGACCCAUGUCGUGUCCAGAAUGUGUGGCCGUCUUUGUUUUCGAGGAAAGAGAGAUGCACGAGCAGCAGUGUCCCUUUGCUAGUGUGAUGUGCCAGUACUGUGAGAUGGACCUCAUCAGAGAUCAGAUGGAAUCUCAUUGUGAUACUGACUGCCCAAAAGCACCGAUUGCUUGUACCUUUAGCAUAUUUGGAUGCAAGGAAAGGAUGCAGCGCCACAACCUGGCUCAGCACAUGCAGGAGUUCACGCAGAUGCACAUGCGCUACAUGGCCGAGUUUCUGCGUGGCCUCGCCCUCAACGGCACUGCGCCCAAACCCCUGCACUUUCUGGGAGCUUCCGUGUCCUGUAGGGAUCAGGGAGCUGGAGCGUCGGUGCCAAACUGCAGCGUGGCCUCUGGAGCUUUGAGCUGCAGCAGCAGCGCCGCUUCGUCUCAGCCGAGCGAGGAGAUGCAGAGAAUCCGAGAAAUGGACGCACGGCUGGUGAAGCAGGACCAUCAGCUGCGAGAGCUCAUCAUUCUGAAAGACACGCAAGCAGGUCAGCUGGCAGAGCUCAGGCGGAGGGUAUUGGUAUUAGAAGAAACUGUGAAGGAGCUGGAGGCUCAGCAGAACCACGGCAUCUUCAUCUGGCGGCUCAAAUCCUUCUCCACUCACCUGCGAAACCAAGAAGCCGGCAUUCCGGUGGUGGAGCACAGCCCCGGCUUCUACACGGGCCGGCCGGGCUACAAGCUGUGCCUCCGUUUACAUCUGCAGACCCCCACCGCUCCCCGCUGCUCCAACUUCAUCUCUCUUUUCGUCCACACCAUGCAAGGCGUCUUUGACAGCCACCUGACCUGGCCCUUCCAAGGGACCAUCCGGCUCGCGAUACUAGACCAGGGACCCGAGGGUCAGCACCACAUGGAGGUCAUGGAGACCAAGCCAGACCUUCAGGCCUUUCAGAAGCCCAUCAAUCAGCGAAACCCCAAAGGAUUUGGCUACGUCACCUUUAUGCACCGCUCUCUGCUGAGUCAGAGAGCUUAUGUCAAGGAUGACACGCUUCUUAUUCGCUGUGAGGUGACGCCGCGUUUUGACAGUGGGUUUAACCGCGAGGGACCUGCUGUCCAGCCCAGAGGGCCCGAAGCAUCACUGUCGAGGGACUGA